AUGGUCUAUAGAACUACCUUAAAACUACCCGGAGAGUAUUUUACCUUCGAAGAUCCAAUCGGAUGUCCACGAAUGUUUAUUGAAAAGCUAAGAGAACGUAUGCGCAAGAUUCGAGGACCCUUCACAGCACAUCAUACAAAGAAGAGAACAUUCCUACACAAAAAUAUGAAAAACUGCACUCCUGCAUUCGUAGUAGAUCACCCUAAAAGACCCUUGGAACUCUCAUAUGAAGACCCAUUUCCAAUCAUAACAAAAUUAUCAGAUUUUAUUUACAGGUUCAAUUACAAGGGACACCCAGAGGAGAUAAACACAGAUAGACUGAAGCCUGCCCUUAUAAAAGAAGAAGCUCCGACUCUUUCUAGAAGAUCCACCCCCUUCCAUCCAUCAAUUUCAACCGUCUGGCAUAGAAUAUCCAGCAUAGAAUACGGAAAGCAAGGACGAGUAGUCAGAUUCGUAAAUUCGCUUAGCGAGUCACUGGUGGAGGAGUGA